CUCCUUUUCUUUCUCUUCUUAUUCACGUGUCUAUUCGGUGUUCCUUUUUUUUUUGUUUCGGUUUUGAUUUCGUUUUUUUUUAUUUCAUCAAAAAAAAAUUCCCAUUUUUUUGUUUCUUCGUUUAUCACAAUGGGACGUGUAAUUCGAAGUCAACGUAAAGGUGCUGGUUCCGUUUUCAAAAGCCAUAAUAAACAUCGAAAAGGAUCACCAAAAUUCCGUUCGAUCGAUUUUGCUGAACGACAUGGCUACAUUAAAGGUGUUGUCAAAGAAAUUAUUCACGAUCCUGGACGUGGAGCUCCAUUGGCCGUUGUAGUUUUUCGCGAUCCAUAUAAAUACAAAUUAAGAAAAGAAUUGUUUAUAUCGGUUGAAGGAAUGUAUACCGGACAAUUUGUCUAUUGUGGACGUAAGGCAAACUUACAAAUCGGUAACAUUCUUCCAGUUGGAACAAUGCCCGAAGGUACUGUUGUCAGUAAUUUGGAAGAAAAACCAGGUGAUCGUGGUAAAUUGGCUCGAGCCUCUGGCAAUUAUGCCACUGUUAUCUCGCACAAUCCUGAUACAAAGAAAACACGUAUCAAGCUACCUUCGGGUGCAAAGAAAGUAAUACAAUCAUCUAAUCGAGCUAUGGUUGGUAUCAUUGCUGGUGGUGGUCGUAUUGAUAAACCAAUUUUGAAAGCUGGCCGUGCUUAUCACAAAUAUAAAGCUAAACGAAAUUCAUGGCCUAAAGUUCGUGGUGUUGCUAUGAAUCCAGUUGAACAUCCACACGGUGGUGGUAAUCAUCAACAUAUUGGUAAAGCAUCAACUGUACGUCGUGAUGCAAGUGCCGGUCGUAAAGUUGGUCUUAUUGCCGCUCGUCGUACUGGUCGUAUCAGAGGUGGUAAAAAAGAAAUCAAAGAAGAAAAAUAGAUUGACAAUUGUAAUCAUUUUUAUUAUAAUUUUUUUGAAAUAAAAACAUUCAUACCACCAACAUGAAA